UCAGGAACACUUUAUGCGCCCACCCACCCCCCGCUUCCACAGCAUGCAGGUGUGUGUUUAUCAUUCUGGACACAGAGCUGAGAGGCGAGCAGCUGUAGGCGUGCUUCCCAAUUAAAACUUCGGUUGUCCGCAGAACUCCCCCGGCUGUAGAACUGUGUCCACCUCGCCAUGCUGGCCUGUCUGCAGAGGAGGCAGAACCCUCCACCCCAGCACCCGGUGUGUGCCAGCAAGAACUUGGAGCCGCCGCAAGUCGUUGCACGUAAAUGUGACCUGGUGGUACCGUCACCUUCCUCUCGGUACCCAACAGCAGCAGAACUUGAUGCUUACGCUCAGAAGACAGCAAACAGCCCACUGUCCAUCAAGAUCUUCCCCACAAACAUCAGGGUUCCCCAGCACAAGCACCUUAACCGGACUGUGAAUGGAUAUGAUACCACAGGGCAACGCUACAGCCCUUACCCCCAUCUCCACACAGGAGGGUACCAGGGUCUUCUCGCCAUAGUCAAGUCCUCAUCAUCAUUAUCAUCAUCUUCAUCAUCUACCUUUGGUCCUUCAAAAGGUGUUCUCAAGAACUCAGAAGGCAGACGGACUAAACUGUCUCCUGCUCACAUUGCUGUGGCUCCAUACCCACCCCCUAAUAGUAGCACUUUAGCCAGCGGUCAUGGUCAAAUGGUUUACCACUCUGGGCCAACAAAGCCUCCAGAAGGCCCCGGACUCUCAGUUCCCCCAAACGUCACUGUGGCUGGCUCUGUGAUUCCUGUAACAGGGGGCCGAGGCCUGUCCCUGCCUGCACAGUCUAAUCUCCCCUCCAUCCAAAGUAUCAUCUAUCAGAUCAACCAACACUGCCAGGCUCAGGCCCUGCAGCAGGUGUGUCAGGGGACUUCUACCGCACCAACAAAUUCCAGCCCCUCCAAGCACGUCACAGCAGUCAUGGGGGUUGGUUCAAGCGCCUCUGGUGGAGGCUACGUUGUAGGCAUGGCUCCUCAGGCUAACAUGGUGUACACAGGAUCGGGGCUACCCACUCAAAGCGCAGAGGUAAUGAAAAGUGGCGUAUACACAGAGGGUAUGGACUAUAUCCUGUGGCAGAAACAGCAACAGCAACAACAUCAACAGCAGCAGCAACAGCAGGCCGUCCUCCGCAUGUACAGUGGAGGCAGCGGAGGAGGGGCUGCCAUCAGCAAGUCGCCUGAAACCUGUGUCCUUGGUGGGGGGAUUAUGGCAGCUCAGGUGUCCUCUUCCUCCUCCUCCAGACCUUUCCAUCUGACAGCCAGUGCCAGCGGCGGAGGUGGGCUGGACAAAGUGAGCUCUUCCCCUUUGAACUGUGUGGGUAUGCAUGGGAAUUUCUCAGUGGGUCAGUACUUUGCACCGCCAUGGAAUAGUGUGCUGGUUACACCCGACAGUGACUGCUACAACCCCCAGGAACUCCUAGGCACUUCAACGGGAGGUCCAACAACGGGUCACAGAGAAAUGGGAUAUCCUCACCACCAUCACCAUUACCACCACCACCACCAUCACCCCGCAGUUGACAGCGGUGGGGGUUUGUGCUGCAGUUUGCCAAGCAAGAGCUUGUGCAACACCUCAGUGCUGAGCAGUAGCCUGCAGUCUUUGGAGUAUCUGAUCAAUGACAUCCACCCGCCCUGCAUCAAGGAGCAGAUGCUCGGUAAAGGCUAUGAGACUGUGUCUGUGCCGCGGCUUUUGGACCACCAGCAUGCACACAUCCGCCUUCCUGUUUACAGAUAGAACGGUCGGAGGGGAGAGAGAGAAGAGGAGGAAAUUAAUCAAGGAUUGUGAAUUUAUGAAGAAAAUCAAGAAAAACGGCAAUGUUACGGGACGGUUAAGAGUGCCACUGCUUUACGGAUCGUGGGAGCUUAGAGAAGAGCAGUUGCUGUGCUGUGUGACCUUAGAUUUGCUGGUUUCAAAGCAGGCCGUGGGGAUCCCUAACACAAAAAGGUAGUAGUUACUACCAGCGGGAUGGAAAAGGGAUUCCAAGAUUCUCCUGAUGUUCCAUUGUGUGGUUUGCCAAUAGGAUUUUUGGAUUAUUAAUGGGUUUUUUUUGUUUUUUUGAGUUGUUGUUUUAUCCUUUUAAACAGUUUUUUUUUUUAUGAGAAUCAUAGCUUGACAUGAAGUGCGUACACCACUUCUUUCUCCUCUCCAAAUACUAAGGAUAAAGCUACUGUGUAGGUUGUCACUGAAAUGGUCUUAAAGGGCCGGCGCUUAGGGCUGCUUCUAAAACCCAAAACUAAGUAACAGCACACACAUCCAGAAGUGUGCUGAAAAUAAUAAGAAUAUUACUAGCAGCUCUAGGGUGUCCAAGGAUCACAAGGUUGAAUCUAAAAGGGUAGUACAAUUUUAGUUAUUAUUGCUGUUAUAAUUGAUGAAUUAAUUGCACUGCUUGAAUUUUGUUAACUUUGAAGUUUGGAAUUGGGUAGUUUGGAUAUGAUAUAUUUAAGAAACUUGAAAAACUUGAACCUAUUUUUUGUUGUUUGAUAUAUUUGUAGGUAUAUUAUAUGUAUUGGCUGCUACAAGGAAAAGUGUCUCAACGUUUUUUUUAUUAUCUUAUUCUAUCGUUUUCCCUUUUUGUGUUUUUAUGAUUUCAAUUUUCCUCUUUAAGCUGAAGUGCAGUCUGUCAUGUUCUGACGCAAGGCAGAGUUGCUGCUUUGGUUCUGUAAGAACCUAAAAGAGGAGCUCUUUUUGUUUUCCUAACCAACACUGGAACCAACAUUAAAUCUCAAAACACUUAUUUAAA